CGUGAACAAAACAAUUAUUUUAUCUUUUCUAUGCUCGAAGACGCUGCUUGUCCAGUUUCAAAAGAAUUUUACUGCUCCGAUAAUAUAUACAGACAUUGAUGCAGGGUAAAAAAGGAGGGAAUAACUCAUGUAUCGACCAACUUUAAAACAAAUGUAUUUCAUUGUAACUCAAAAAGGCGCAGCAUGGCCAGAAGUUGUUCACUUGUUAUGGUGACCCGUGGGCUCGAUAAACUGGUUGCUACGCUCCUCAGUAAUUUCUUGGACAUAUUUAAUACGAAUUUCGAUGAAAGGGGGGAGAUUAGUUUCCCGUGAAACGUUAACUCUGACCCAGGAUUUGUUAUUUACUUAAUGAACAUGUCGGCUCAAUCAGACGUUGCUACUUUCAACAGAAGAUCUUCGACGCCGUCAAGAAGAGCUUGGGAGGAAACAGAAGAGAAACCGCAGACAAACGUUUCGCAGGGCGACCUGAACAAGAAUGUAAAGGAAAAAAAUCAUCCUGCAACGCCGAAGAGGACCGUAAGUGAAGGGCAAAAGACAUUGACAAGUAUGGAAAGCAAUGGAUCUCCAGGAUCGGCCGAUGUUCGACUUCGUUCUGUGGAAGUUGGUGUCGAAGAAAACGCGAACAUCAGAACGAUCAAAACUGAAAUUGUCCAGAAGGAUAAUGUCAGGAACGGUUUUCCAGACGUUAGAUUAAAAAAUGGAAAGCAAUCCCAAAUGAAAGAUCUCGAAAAUUUGAAGGGUGAGAAUAUCUGUGAGGAUUCUUGUUGCGGAGACUGGACUUUAUUCACGCGGGUUUUCAAGUCCAAGCGAUUCGAGUCGGAAAAGCUCGAGGGCCUCUAUCAACGUUACGUAUUUCGCCUGAACCAAAAAUUUAUGAGCUGGCUCAUUGUUGUGCUGCUUAUUUUAACUUUUAUUUUGAUACCAUUGCAAUUCGCCAUGGAAAAAGACAAUCCACCGCAAUCUAAUGCCGAAGGCAUAACUUUGUGUAUUUUCGCGGUUGCUUACAUUUUACUGGCACUGAUUGUUAACAGAAGUGGUUCUUCUCAGAGCGGCCAUUUGAACUGGGUCUCUUAUAUUUUGUUGGCGAUUUCCUGCGGAUUUGUUCUUGCUUCGGUGGUUUGUCCACCGUCUGAAAUUGUGGAUCCAAACAAUGAAGAAAGCGUUUAUUCCCCUUCAGAUGGUGUAUGGCUAACGACGUUUUUCGUGUACAUGACUUAUACAAUGCUACCGGUUAGAAUGAGAAUUGCUGUGUUUGGAGGUUGUGUGCUUCCUGCCAUCCACCUUAUAUCUAGCGCGGCGAUGAAUAAUAAGGACUCUAAUCUUGUAAGAUUGGUAAGUGCAUAUUUAUUUUUCUUUAAACUUAUUUUUGCCUUCUGUAUCAUGAUUUCUAGGGCUUCAUCAGUUUUCUUCAAGUAGUAAAUUAUUUAUAUCCCUUAUUUGCAUUGUAAGGAAAAACGUAUUGCUCCUCCGUAUUGUGGGAAGUGCCUACUUACCGUAAAAAGUUAUAGCCGCCUCGAUCGAUUAAAACCAAACACGAAUUACGAAUCCCGUGCUGUUAUUUCUUGUGACAUUUCCAGUGCGGAUUUAAUCUGUGUGUCACCAGGAGAAGGGGUAUUUCUAACAUUUCAUAUUUUCUAAAUAUGCAGGUGAAAUUUUAUGCUGAAAUUCUUAAUUACAAUGAACAGCUGGUUAAUGUUCGAAAAAAUUUUGCCUUGUUUUUCAAUACUGCACUCACUUGCUAGAUCGGUUGUUAUCAUUACUUGGAAACAUGCAGUCCAUGAAAAUGGCACUAUAAUUUUUGUUAAGUGAUAUCCACAUUAGCUGGGAUCGUGGAUUACGCUUUUGGCAACUGUCAGAUUUCCUGUUUCUUACUGGCUGGUUAAGAAUAUUUUUAAGGAAGUUGUCUGUUAAAUCUUUUUAUCAUAGAAUAUUUGAUUUGCUUACUGGUUACUACGUAGCUGUGGGUGAGAAAAACAUCUUUGCUGCAAAUGCAAACAGCUUACAAAACGUCAGAACUUGGUGCAAUAUAGCUUUGCCUAAUUUAGAUUUUUCUCAGUGCACUCUAAAAUACGCUAGUCUCAUGGCUGUUUCAUGCUGAAGAUACAUUCAUCUGGAUGUUCUUGCGCAGAACUUUGCUUAUUAGGUGUAUAUGAUCCAACUAAAAUCCAUUCCCAAGUUAUAUUCAACCACAAUUUUAAUUUUCUUUGUCUCCCAUGAUAAUGAAUAAUCUGGCCCUAAAAAACAAAGGAAAUUCUGAGUCAAUCUUGUUUCAGGGUUUGACGUUGGUGGUGGUUAACUCUUGAAAUACAUAUAUCUUAUUGGACAGUUUAGUGUGUAGUAUUGUGGGACAUUUUUACGAGUUAUUUUGGCGAGCCCGUAGGGCGAGUCAAAAUACAAGAGAUGAAUAUAAUUAUCCCCUGAUACUACACACUAAACCAUCCAAUAAGAGAUUUAUAAUUCAACUCGAGAUGUUUUAAAAUAGAACUCAGUAAAUAUGUAAAAUGAGAAUGUGUGACAGAUUAACGUGACUCCGUUGCAAGUCCAGUUUUCGUGUGCUUUAUGAAACGUUAUUGCUGAUUGGUCUAAAAUGAAAACUGGUCAAACUAGUUUACUCAAAAUAAAAUGUUGUGGGAUUUCUCGGUUUUUGUUUGGCACUUCGGGGGAGCUUUGGGGUGUUAUCUUUCAAACAUUUGCCAGGAAAACAGAGAUGGAAUGACAAAUAAUUGUGAGGCUUAAGUUGGUCUUCCGGUUCUUAUCAUUAAUUUAAUUUAACCAACUGCAGGAAGGUAAACUGAGCAGAGCCAAUUGUGAUGGAAAGAUGAAAAAUCUCCGAUGAAUUGAAGGAGUUAAAGAGCUACUCGUAAACAACAGACUUGAAACCUCAUCUUCUCCAGGAUUAGUACUAACAUUAAGUCUUUAGAGAAUGUCUAGAGUCUUCUUUAUCGAGUUUCCUCACAUUUUAAAAGGACUAGUAGUGAAGAAUGUUAAGCUCCUUGGCCGGGAUUGUAUUUAAGAGCGACGGUCAGGAAAAAUUGACUAAAAUCUUAAUUUUGUGGCAAGAGUUGAAAAAUCAAUUUUUUUCAUUUUAUGUUCUUUUAGGGAGAUAAGAAACCUAACGUAGAUUUUUCCUGCCAAAAGCGUUUUUUUUUUGUUAGAAAAAUUAGAAGAUUGGUUUUCAAUGUCAGAGUCUCAGACUGCCCUAAUUUUUAACCUCAAAUUCACUAACAUCAACUUUCCUCGUGUUCGCAAACGAAGCUGCAUGGAGAAAUUUGGUCACUUUCCAUGAAGAGAAAAAUUCUUUUUCUUCCACUUAAAGAUACCUUCAGGGCAAUAGCAAAGCUCAUCAUACUGAAAUAAUUCAAAAAUGAGGGAUAGGUUUUCAGGAUAACAAAAACUUAAGUUUGUUACUCAUUUUCAACGGCAAUAUUUAACAUGUGGUAUAACUCCAAAUUCUCUUAAUGCUAUUUAAAUCACAAAUUUUGGGUUGAAAAUAUGGCCAUUUCGAGACUCAGACCACAAAAACUGAUAUUCUUACUUUUCUCGCAAAUAAAAGGCUUUUUGCACGAACAACUUAGAUCAGAUUACUGAUCUACCUAAAAGCUAUUUGCGGACAAAAAAUGAAGGAAAUCGAUUUUUCAACUCCUGCCACUCGAUGGUUAAUAUUUCCUGACCGUCACUCUUAAUCAACGUUGUUUGUGUCACCGAUAAUUUUUGUCGCCAUGCAUCUCACGCACAUGUUCAGGUCUGUUUUGAUCUUCUCUGUUGUAUUUUGAACUUAUAAUGUUUCUAUUUUCUGACUAUUUGUAAUAAAUUGUUGAAACACGGUUUUAUUUAACCUUACAAUUUCGGGAAACAAUGCAUUUUCUGCCAUGUGCAACGUGAGUAGAAAACCGGUGAAACUGGUCUACCGGAGUACAAAUACGUGAGAUAUUUGAACUCGUUUUGGUUGUUAUUUGUACUCUACUGAGUGAAGUUGAAUAAUAAAUCAUGACACCAAUGAAUUUUCAUUUUUGGCUAGUGAAAGACAUGUUGACCACCAGAAUUAUGAAGGCAAAUUUCUUUGUCAACUGCAAAACAUGAAUUUACUACUGACAGAAGUGUGGUACAAUUUAAAGGGGGAAGAUGGCAAACUGUUGUUGAUGGAGGAUACUUAAAAUGUACAUGCAUAUAGUGAAAAGGGCUUAUAAAUGGAGGGGUUUAUAUAAUAUAAAGCGCACUGAAACAAGCUAGCAGUGGUGAUCAAAUUGCAUUUUGUGUUUACUGGUUUUUACUGAAGCUUCAAAAUGUCAUAAUAAAUUAAAUUCAUUUCAAGACAUGCAAGGGUGGGGCUUAUAUCCAGGGGGGGGGGGGGGGUAUAAUCGGAGGCAUUUUUGGAUUUUUUGUUUGCUGGUGGUGGGACCUAUACGGGGGGGGCAUAUAAUUGGGGGGGACUUAUAAGGGGUGGUUAUUGGUUUUAUUUAAAAAAACAAGUUAUGAAAAGUAUAGGUAAUGACUUAAAUAAUGAAAGAUAUUUUAUGUUUUGUUUUGUUUUUUUUAAUGUUAAAAAAAUAAUUUUAAAAAAAUAAAAGUAUUUGUUGUGGGGGUGGGGGGGGGGGGGUGGGGGGGGGGGGGGGGGGGGGGGGGGUAUAAUCGGAUGUAUUUUUGGAUUUUUUGUUUGCUGGUAGAUGGACCUAUACUGGGAGGGCAUAUAACUUGGGGGGACUUAUAAGUGGUAGUUAUUGGUAUUAGUUACAAAAACAAGUUAUGCAAAGUAUACGUAAUGCAUUAAAUAAUGAAAGGGAAAAAUCAAUGUAUACAGAAGGGGAAAAAGAACAAAGCAAAAUGCAUGGGAUGAAGCUACACUCAGCUGAGACUGGAUCCAAGUGUCCCUAUCUCACAAUUUGGUUUCAGAUGAAGGGGGUGAUAAAAGGAAAGUGACAGCAACAGAAAGAAAAAAAAUUCCCAGAACUGGAAAAAACAUUUUCCCAUGGUUUGAAUGUAGCUGUAUAUUUGUUUAUUUAACCAGCUGCAUGUUCAUAAUUCUGUAAUUAACUUUAGUAUUAUCAGUGAUUUGUUUGCCUGUUAUAAAGUGAAUGAUGUUUCUGUUUGCUUGAUGUGUUUCACUUUACAGCUGCUUGGUAACCUGUUUAUAUUCAUAUGUGCCAACAUCACAGGAGUUUUUACAAAGUAUCCUACUGAAAUUUCACAGCGCAGAGCUUUCCUUGAAACUAGGAGAUGCAUAGAAUCAAGAUUGACAAUAAUGAAAGAAAAUCAAAAUCAGGUACAUGACUUCUAUUAGAUUGUAAGAGUUAUUGUUUUGAAAAAGGUGGGUGUAGACAAAACCUGGGCCCAGACCCAUAGGUGUUGUUGUUUUUAUUAUUAUUGAAGGUCUUCAGUGUUGCUGUUUGCAGGGCAAAGGCAGAACCUUCAAUCAUUGCAGUGUACCUUCAUUUCUCUAUUAUUUUAAGACCCUGAGUAUUGGUCCGGCCCCAGAGUUCAAAUCUGCAAAAUUGACUAAACUAGUCCUACCGUGGAUACUUUGAAAUUACACUAAAGUAUAUUUAGAGAUUUAUUUCAAGUCAACUGCGACAAGGAUAGAAAAUUUAAAAUCUCUGAUUUCAGGCUUUUUUUAAGUACAAUAGAGUUACUGUAAUAAUGGGAAGUGCUUGAUUAGGUUCUUGGGGCCAUUACUUUGGGCAAAUUUAACUAAAGAGGAAAGGAACAUCAGAGCUUCAAAUAACGGCCAGUCAGUGGAGAAUGUGUGGUCAAAAAAAGGCUUUGUCCGGUCAAAUCCUUGACUGACCGGACAUCUUGUCCACUCUUUUAUGCUUCUAAUGUAAUUCAGACCUUCACUUUUUUAAAUAUAUGAUUGGUCAAGAUUGGACAUUGUUGGUGAUCUUGAAGGAAAAAAAGUUGGGGGAGAGAGAGAAAAAGGAGACCAGAUCAAGAACUUUUAUUACGUAAACCGUUCAUAACCAGGGUAGGUCGCGUAAAAGAGAUCGGUAUUGUGCUGAUUUCACGAACGUUUGUACUGAAAUAAGACGGAAAUUUUGCCAAUUUUGGGGGAGGGGGGAAAUGAUGAGUGUUAGCCUGUGCAGGAAUAACAACAACAGAAACACCAACUACUUGUAAAUGUUGGCUUUUAAACCCGUUGAUUUUUUGCUCAAAACUCCGGCUUGCUUUGCGAUCUCAUAUUCGCUCACACAGAUAUAUAUAUAUUUUUUAGAGAUCAUCAUUUGCUCUUUUAACAACAAUCAGCUCAGAAAUGUGCCAAUGGCAAAGCUUUUUAUGUCGUGCACUGGCCAGUUCCCAGUUUUUUGCAAUAAUAAUGCAUCAAUCAGCGGCUUCCCCCUGGGGGCCACCCCUGGGAACCCUGGGGGAUUUGUCCAAAUGCCCAUUCAAACCUCAUCAAAUCCCCCUGAGGAAUUCUGACAAAUCCCCUGCCCCCUGGAUGCAACGAUAGGGACCCUUCAACGUAUGAAUUUUACGCGCAAAAACUAGCCGUUUGCUUUGCUUAGACCCUCCAUUUAAAGUUUGUUGUAUUUCAUGGCAGUUGGCCCCACUUGACCAAAUAGUUGUAUUGUAUAAUUUUUUUUCCCCUCUCUUUUAAGGUUUUGAGGGCCGUUAUGUAAACUACUUGGUUACCGAUAAUAAUGUAGUUUACCCUUGGUCAAUAAAGUUUCUCUCUUUCUUUUCUUUUUCUUUCUAAAAAUGGAGAAAAGGCAUAUGGUUUUGAGCGCUGUUAGUCCCUGGGAUGCACAUGAAAUUUGGUGAAUUGGGUACUACCCAGGAUUGGACUCCUAAAAAUAGAAAAGGACCCUCAAUUUUAGGUGGCUGGAGUUCCCAUGCAUGGACCACUAAUUUUUAAAACUAGAAGGAACUCUGCAGGAUUCUCAUGGUAUAAUCUCCUACAGAUCCUUGCACUUAAAGCAACAAGGACGCAAAGUGAAUGCAUGAAACAACAUCCGGGAAUCAUCAGUAGUGUAUACCGCUGACCAUCAAAUCCUCAGGGUCUGCCCCCUGGGGUGCAAUCUCUAUGAACAAAAGUGAUAUUUUCUCCCACACCCUCAGGCAACAAAUAUCUUACAAUCUUGACAAAUGCCCUUGGGUUCCCAUGGGUGCCCCCCUGGGGGAAGCUGCUGAUUGAUGCAUAAUCUAAGAAGACCUGGUAGUUUUGGGACAUUUUCUCGUUAUAGUGACGAAGUUUCAAGAUAACUUUGCAAGUUUACGGCAAAAAACAGCUCUGUUAGCCGAGAUAAGUCUCAAAUAUGUUGGACUGACAUGUAUUUGGUAAGACUCCUACCGAAUUGCAAGGUAUUUCGUGUGUUUUUGUGAAUUUUGCGGCUCUGCGACCAUGCAAAAUUUCAGAAGCCCCGUGCGGCCGAACAGUAACCAUGGUUUUUCAUUUUCCGGGAGUAGCAAGUUAUUACUUCAUCCUCUAUAAAGUCGUCACCCUAAACUCAGGAGUAUGGUGCGUAGUGUUGUAAAGUAUUAUUAUACAGUCCACAUGCAUUUUACUGUAAAGUGCAAUCGGAUAAUCCUAGAUGAAAGACAUUUGUCUGGCCCAAAACGGGUUGUGUCUGAGCAAAAAUAGGUUUGACUGGACAACAUGACUGGCACCAUCCAGGAAAUUAUUCCAAGCCCUGAACAUGAAGCUCUGUGAGCUUUUAAUGAUAAAAAAGGCAUUGUUGACUCUUAUACUGUUACAACCAGCCAUGUUCUGAAUAAGGUUGGAAGUUGAAACUUGAUUUUUUUCUCUUUAUUUUAGGAACGUCUGCUGCUUUCAGUUUUGCCAAGAUAUGUUGCCAUGGAGAUGAAGGCAGACAUAGAAAGUAGUAGAACAGAUACUUUGCAGUUUCACAAGAUUUACAUCAAGAGACACGAGAAUGUCAGGUUUGUAAUUGUAGUCAUAUUACAUGUACUUAUUAAUAAGUAAAUCUGCUGUUCAUCUCUGUGAAUAAUAGUCAUAAGACAGUGAUUGUUUUCUAAAGAGUUAAAGCACCACUAUAUCUCAAUGUUAUUCAAUUCCAAUUCAAUUCUUCUUUCCAUUUACACACAAUUUGCUUUUGAUUGUUUUAUCUUCAAAAACUUCAAGACUGUAUUUAUCAGUGAAUCAAGCUUAUUGAUUAGACAAGCUGGUUAUAUUUUUAACUGGUUCUUCAAAAUUGUGCCAGCGUCUUUGUGUCCCAGGAAAUUUGAGCCAUAGGUAAGCCCUCUUUCAGGCAGUGAAAUUCCCUCCUGGCUGUUAGUUUGCCUUAUACUUUAGCUACAUCCCUCAUUAUCUCUCUGUUUUCUGUUCUCUGUUUUCAGUAUUUUGUUUGCUGAUAUUGAAGGAUUUACAAUGCUUUCAUCUCAGUGCACUGCUCAGCAGCUUGUUCAGUAUCUGAAUGAAUUAUUUGCCAGUUUUGACACACUUGCUGUGGUAUGUUUUUGUUUUUUAUUUAACAUUCUUUUUAUUUAUUUAUUUAUUUAUUUAGAUGCUUUCACUUAGUUACAUUGACAUACGAAUAAUAAAAUAACUGAGCAAGGGAGCAAUUAAUGGAGUGAAGUGGUCCCAAGCAAUGUUACUCUCUUAGUUGAUACUUUAAGGUAUCAUUAGGGCCAUUUAUAUGAGGAAAAAUAAGACGCGUCUUACAUAGGACGCGUCUUAAAUAAGACGCAAACUUUUCGUAUAAACGGCACAUUUCGUCUAAAAUAAGACGUGACUUAGCUAAGACGCGUCUUAUUUUAGAACAGACCUUAACACCUGUUCUUAGAUAAGACGCGUCUUAGCUAAGACGAGAAAAACUUCGUAUAAAUGACCUUCGCGUCUUACAUAAGACGCGAACGCAUAGUAUGUAUGCGUUAAUUUUUGGCGCGCCACCCUGGAUUGCCCUUGCUACAGGCAACAUUCACGUGAAAACGAGUUAAGAACAGANCUUAGCUAAGACGAGAAAAACUUCGUAUAAAUGACCUUCGCGUCUUACAUAAGACGCGAACGCAUAGUAUGUAUGCGUUAAUUUUUGGCGCGCCACCCUGGAUUGCCCUUGCUACAGGCAACAUUCACGUGAAAACGAGUUAAGAACAGAAAUAAGACGCGAACCAUUUAUACGAGCUGUUCUCGUCUUAGAUGAGACAUACUCGUAUAAAUGGUCCAGUUCGCGUCUUAACUAAGACGCGUCUUUUGUAAGAUGCGUCUUAUUUUUCCUCGUAUAAAUGGCCCUAAUAUCUUCAUUUGUUAGCAUUGUUGUUCAGUUUUACCCUCAGUUUAAAUUUUAUCUUCUGUUGCUUUGGACAUGCUAUGGUUGUGACAAAUGAUGCUGAGUUUGAAAUAAUGCAAAAUAUAAUUAAACCAAGGAUAAAUUGAACCGCAAUGUUGAGAAAGGGAUUAACAAAUGUUAAAUCAAAUUCAUAAUGAGCAAAAUUCACAUCACACAAUUAACAUGCAAUUUUGAAUACUAUGUUACUUGACUCUUUAGUCUUAAUAGUGGCCAAGAAAAAAUAUUACAAAAUUCCUUUUUGUAAUAAUCCUAAGAAAUAAAUUUUACUUUGCAAAAAUGUCCCAGCGGUGUUUGAUUUGAAUGGUAACACCACGGGAUUUCAUCUAAAGAGUUAAUAGUGAUGAAUAAUCACACCUUACAUUAGUCAAGGAAUGGAUUAAUAUUGUUUCAAAUUUGUCCCAGAAUUUAGCAAUCUUAUUAUAACCUCAAAAAGUGGUUUCUGAAAGAUCAAAAUGUGGGCUUGUUCUUUUUCCUGACUAAGGAAACCCUAACAUGAAAAGCAAAUCCAUUGUUCAACUGUCAAAUCAGCUGCCCAGUUUCUGUUCCCAAAGUUAUGGAAAAUUAUUUUUCAGCCAUUUUUCUUUAGCUGUGGGAAUACAUUGCGUGCUUCCUAAACCAUGCAUAGUGAUUUCAAGGUUAAAGGGACUGGUUCACGAUAAUGCGCAUGCGCGCCGUUUUUCUCUUCAGAAUAAAUUUGUUGGGUCAACACUAAAUUCGAAAUUGCCAUUACCGGUACAAUCUUUGAAAAUCCUUCGUUUUAUUCGCACAUCCGUCGCUUUGGCUGGUCUAGUUAUACUUCGGUAGUGGUGAUUAACGUGUGGUUGUGUCGUUUGACUGGUUACGUUUUAAGAAGACGCAAAAAAUAAUGUUUUGAUCAUGAGGUUCAAAAGAGCAUCGUGGCCGUCCGGCAACAGGACGUUCUCAAGAGUCUUUGGAGAUAGAGAAGUUUAGCCUAUCGAUCUGGUAUGGUUCUAGGAGUAGUGUGUGGCUUACGAAAAGAAUACAGGACACUUGGAAAGUGGUUAAAGGCAUGAUUUCGUUCAACUUUGAUUUGAUUUUUGACUCCGACCUGUAGUUAUACCGCAACAGGCCGCGCGAUCUUCACCGAUCUGGUACACUUGAAAUGUUCCUUGUAUCUUUGCUUUACCAUCGUAUAUGUUUAAGAAUUGAUGUUUUUAAAAUAAAUUAUUGCCUGAAUAUUCUGUUUAUAAUCUAGUUUCUUUAUGUGUGCUACUCGAUAACAUUUGUUUUGCGGAACACUGACCCGAUGCAACGCGAAUGAAUUUGUUCAUUUGCUAAUAAGCAAUUGAAAUUUAUGCUCAGUUAAGGAUAAUCUUUGUACUCAUAUGUUGUGUGCUUUUGUCACCGGUCAAGCGCUAUUUGUAGGUAUUUCUGGGCUUAUAUAAGGCGAACUGAGAGAACAGUAAUAAGAUGUUUGUUUACAAAUUUUGUUUGCCGAUCGGUGACCGCUUAGUUAGCGUGGAUACGACCUCGUAAAAAUACACGUUGGUAAAUGUUUGUUUCAAAGCAGGACAGGGCUGUAAAUUUUAUUCUUAUCGGCUUCAACAUAUAUCUGAGGAGUAGCAAAGAAUAAACUUGAAUUAUGGGGAUAAAUAAAAUCAAACCAAAUGCCCGGAAAUACUCUCGCGUCGCGAACAAUUAAUUUGAAUUUUGUAAAUUUACUUGCGUGCAUUUAACUCGCUUCCGAUUGGUUGAAAAACAAUCAGCUGCUGUCAGAACUAACACAUGCGCAUUAUCGUGAACCAGUCCCUUUAAACCAAAAUUGUUCUAAUGUAUUGUCCUUGGAAAAUGAGGCUUACAGCUACAUGUAUUGUCAAGGUUGUUUUUGAAGCCAUGGGUCCAUUUAUGAAUAAACGCUAACAAUACACGCUGGUAGCUAUUGUACAGCCAGUAUGUACAAGGACAGAUUUUUGUUCAAGUUCUUAAUAUUAUAAAUGUCUAUCUUUUUAUUUAGGAGAACCACUGUCUACGUAUUAAGAUUUUGGGCGAUUGUUACUACUGUGUAUCAGGGUUGCCAGAUCCGCGUCCUGAUCAUGCUCACUGUUGCAUUGAGAUGGGCUUGGAAAUGAUUGAUGCUAUUGCGUGAGUAAACUGUGUGGUCAGGCAUACUUAUUACUGUAUAUUUUCAGGGCAGUCACCAAGAUUUCAAGUUGCUGGGUAUGUGCAAUUAGUAGGCAGAGAAUUGAACAGCUACAGUGGGAAGUUCUUUCGGUUCUGUUUCUGUCGUUCUUUUGUUUCCCAUAAAAGUUAGCAAAGGGUCUUGCUCAUAUUAGUGGGGGGAAAUCGCUGGUUUGUGGCCCUGACUUUUGUUUGUGACUGACCUUUGUUUGUGGUUCUGAAGCUUUUUUGUAAAAUUAUGUUGUUUUUUUUUACAGGAGUGUGCGUGAAGCAACAGGUGUUAAUUUGAACAUGAGGGUUGGCGUACACAUGGGAAAGGUUCACAGUGGAGUGCUGGGAUUAGUCAAGUGGCAGUAUGAUGUGUGGUCUGAUGAUGUGACAACUGCCAAUCAUAUGGAGUCAGGAGGACUUCCAGGGUAUCUUUGAUUUUUGUGUAGUUAACAAAAAUAAUCUUAUGAGCUUAGGACUGAAAUAAACCUUUUAAGUCGUAAAGUAGUUAACUAAAGGUGCUUUUGUUAUUAAGAGCUCAAUUUAGCAUUCAUGCAUAUUAAUGCUCUGGAUUCAACAUGUCAAAUUAAGCUUUAAAUCCUUUAAAUUUUAUUUUUCAUCUUGUCUUUUUUUUUUGUAGUUGAUGGAAGGUUCAUUAGGGUUCUGGUUGUCAGCAUUUUUGAUUCACUCUUGUACUACAUACGUGUACUUCAUUUCAGGCGUGUACACAUAACAACAUCUGUUCUUAACUGUUUGAAUGGUGAUUAUGAAGUUGAGGAAGGGCGUGGUCAGGAGCGUGAUUCAUAUCUGAAGCAGUACAACAUUAAUUCGUACUUAAUAGUUGCUGAGCACCCAAGGGUGAGUUUUUAUCCUUCUAUAGUUUCUUCUGUUUAAACGUAAGUGAAGUUUUCAUACAUGUACUGUAAAUGAAUAAAACUGCUUUUACCCCCAGAGUCAAAAAUUGAGAACAUUACCAACUGAGAGAAAUCUAAUGUGGCUAAAUUCAACUUCAAAUAAACUUCACUUGAGGUAUUGGAACUGCUAUAAAGUCAAAAUAUGAUCAUGCUUAUAAAAUCGCUUAUUUGAAAUGUACUCUUAACCUGAACUCAAAUUUCAAAGAUGAAAUAUUUUCGUUAAAUAGAAGCCGAGAAAGUGAAAGCCAAAAUUCUCUUAGAUUCUGCUUCCCAAAAUAAAGUACGAUUGUUUUGAUAUUUCUAAAUCAUUUCUAUUGCCGUAAAAAGACUUCUAGAGACACAUUAGAUAUAUGAUCCUUGCAAGGUCGAUGACAGAUAAGGCCGUAGUUAAAUGACCUAUUAUGCAAAUUGGCUCGUUGCUAAGGCUAAAACGUUGUUUACAACGCCAUAUUGAAAGCACAUUGCAUAACAAGUUCAAACAAAGAUUUUCGCAUUUUCUUGCCACUUUUGAUGCUACAAUAAUUUAUUGGGUCAGUGUCACAACAAACAUUAAGAAUAGUGGUUUGCUCGUAAGAAUUCAAGCUGGCAACAAAGAAAACAGUGCAGCGUGACGAAAAUUGAGGGCGAAUUAAAGGCAAUUUUGCGGCUGCGUUGGACCGCACUGAAAACAAAUUGAUGUAAAAAUAUGACGAUUUACAAUAUCGCACUGAAACUUGCCAAGUUUAGUCACAUGAUGUCAAGGAAAAAUGUAUUAAAUUCCUGGCAAUUGGUCGGAAUAUUUUGGAAUUUUGGCGGCAGACUGAAGUUGUAGGGCAUUGCAAAUAAAUUCCACCUCUAUUAUUUCGGGAAAAAUUUACUGGCUACUGCUGCGAAUUUAAAGGUAAAUGAACAAUCUAAUUAUAAGUCAGUUUCUAGAUAUCUAGUUUCUAGAUAUAUAUUUCCUAGAUAUCAAUAUCUGAGCCUGCGAUAAAAAUCGGAAAUAACACCUUAGGUGUGAAAAUUGACACCUCAGAUAUCAAUUUUCUGAAAGCUCGGCUCUCGCUUGAUAGGUCUGUGUAAUUUUUCAUUUUCCAAAAUUCUCUAUUAUUUGAGAAAUAUUUUUUUCAAAUGGAAUGGCUUAUAGCAGAUCUAAUACCUUUAAUAAGUGAAAGGUGUUAUUUGUGUCAUCUAUGAUUUCCAAUGUUGUCCCUAAAAAAAAGGUAAAAAAACUGAUGGCUAAUGAAUGGAUAGUGAACACCCUUUCAAGGGUUUGGUAAACACUUUGAACCCUGGGAGCGAAAAUUUUUAACGGCUUUGAAGGUGUUCCAAUGGGUUGUCUUGAUUAAAAACUUAAAACUUUAUGGGCCAAAUAUUUAAACAAAGUCUAACUUAAACUGCGGUUUAAUGAAUCUUUGACCCUCCAGAUCUCUUCUUUGGUGGGUUGUUUUAAGAAGAUAAAAUGCUUUUCUAGUCUUCUCCAUAUGCUUUCAUAAAACUGUUCACAAUAAAUGAUGUUUAGAUAAAAUUGUUGGGCAAAUUGAAAAUGACUUAGAACGCGGUUUUGUUAAACGCUGGCUAAACUACGUUUAAAUAUUUGGCCCCAAAGGUUUCAAAAAUAAUGGAAAUUUACAGGCUUAUGCUUUAAAAAUAAAAGUAAACGAAGACUUCUCUCAAUCCUUUCAAGUGUUUUGGAUUCUAAUGACUUUUUCUAACACGUCUUACUUUGUUCCAAUACUGUUAACUGCAAGGCAAAAACAAUUAUCACAUCCAUUUUAAUGAUUAUCCAAUAGUUAAUGUAAAUAAGUGCAUUUGGCUGUUAAACAGAAAAGUGUUAGUGUAUGAAAUCCCGGAGAAAGUUCACCUUCUCCCAUUUUAGUUUUUUUUUUUCACACACAAUAAUGAUCAAAGAAAAAAUAACAGUGAGGCAUGAAUGGUGUUAUGAGUGGCACAGAAUUUUAUAAUAAUUUGUUGGUUGAAUUACACUCAAAAUUGCAUAGAAUGUUAACAGCUUCUUUCCAUGAAUACCUCCAUAAACUCAUCUUUGCUAUCUGGGAUGUAGUGCAGUAGGUUGUGUAAUAAUUAUUGAUAACUUGUUGAGAUCUCAUUGGCUUUUUUGUCCAUUUUUUUUUCCUGUGAAUAUGUUGAACAUGUUGUUUGGAAUUCACAGAAGGUGAGAAAAACGCAUUGGUUGACAUUUUCAUAUUAAUUUUUUUACCAGUAAUUGUGGCACUGAUGUUGCUGUUACCACAUCAGAGCUGUCUCAUACUUGAGUACUUUAGCCACUCACAUUACUUUCAACAAUUUUUCUUAAGGGUUUGUGUAACGUAAUUUGGUUUAUUAAGUUUAUGGGGUACCUUCAAGUCAAAAAUUUUCUUCAACUUUUAUUCCUUUCUUUGUUAAAGUAGAUGUCCAAGUAUGGUCUUUCAUGUGAGGGAAACUACUCAAAAUUAGUGAAUAAUUACUGGGAAAUGAUGUUUUACAUUUUGAUGGGAAGUAGGAGUUAAGAAUUAUUUGUUUUCUGACACUAUUUUGUCUGUACACUUUCAAGGGCUUGAACUCAUAGAGAAUUUGUUCAAACGGCCUCAGAUUUUGAAGUGCAGUAUUUUAAUGACUGGAAAACAAUCAAUAGUCUUUGCUUGAGUUUUUUUUUCUCAAAUUUGUUUAGUUCAGAGGCAUUUCUUUUCAACUACCCCAUUGAAAAAAUGAAAAUGACAAAACUAGCACACAUUUUAGCACUUUGAUCAGAUCAAGAGUACAGUGUAAAAGUCAGGAUUAGCCAAUAUUCAACUGAUUUAUUACCUCGAGCUUGCUUUUAAAUCCUUGACUGAACUUACUUCUCAUCAGUCAAGAUACCCCUAGCGUACAUAGAUAUUAAUGUUAGCCUUAUAUUUAGUGAAUGAUGUCAUGGCUUAAUUAAAAUUUAAAAUUAAUGUGUUUAACAAAUUUGAGUUUAUAGUAGGUUGAAUGAAAAUUUUUCUUUCUCUUGUAUUCUGUUUCAUGUUUCUUCAAUUCACAUUGUACACAUUUUUGUGUGAGCAGAAGGUAAGAAGCUCAGCUCUGUGAAGAAAAAUUCCAUAUUGUGGUGUAGUCAAUUACAUUGUGGAAUGAAAUUUAAUGUGGUCGAUGAGAAUGUUUUUUUUUUGUUUUUUAAAAAUUUAUAAAAAAAUAUAUGGAGGUGGGGGUAAAAAUAGGUUUUUUGUUCAAAAAAGGAGGAAAAAUUUUUUUUUUUUUUCGGGGGGAGGGGGGGGAGGGAGGGCGGGCGGGGGGGGGGGGGGGGGGGGGGGGGAAGGUCCAACAUUCCUCGAAAUUAAAUGAAAGCUGGACCUCGGGACAUUAUUUAAUGUAAACCUUUGUGUUGAAGGAUAGUUUGUAAUACAAACUGAGGUGUUGUGCAUUAAAUGGUGAUCCAAAUCAUUAGAAAAAAGUUAGCGUUUGUAUUGUGGCCCAGUAUGCAUCAUUUUUGCACAGAAAUGUUUUCUUUUUCAUGCUGAACAUGCAUCAACCUACAGAGAUAGCAGGUUUACAGUAAAAUAUAUUAACCACAGGUUUAAACACAUCAGUGCUAUCCUUAAUUCUUAAAAAAAUUCUCUUAUGUCUGGUAUUCAUUAUGUACAAUACAGUAAUGGUACCAAAAAGAGGAACCUCUAAUAGUUCCAUUAUUAUUGACUCACUUGUUCCCAGAGAAAUCAACACAAAUAUGCCACCUUUGUUCAGGAAUUAUAUAAUCUGAUAAUGUUAUUACAUGAAUUUUUCAGCCAAAGGAUACGACUAUUAAAGAUAAUAAACAGGAGGAUCAAGAAAAGAAAAUGCAAGAUAGGUAAGUUUAUCAAUUUCUCAUUUCAUCUAGUACUACCAGGUAUUUGCACCUCAAUACCUGGUACUUGUCUACCAUCUUUAAAGUACUUAUGUAUUAGGACAGCAGGAAGAAGAGGAUGGUAAACCUUGUGUGACAAGCAAUAAUUAUGUUUGGAAAUAUUUUCCACCAGACUUCACUUUCCUUUCAAGAGAUCUCUUUGUAAAAGACAAGAAAACACCAAUGUUAAGGGAAGAUCACCACAAAACAUGCACAUAAUAGGCCUGUUGCGUUUGUCACCCACAAAUGUUUUGCUGUCCUCCUCAUUCUGCCAUCCUUUUGUGUAAACUCACUUUUGUGAAGAUGAAAUAAUCAGCAUGUCACAAGUUCAGGGACAAAGAAAAAAUCUGAGUCCCCAACAGGAUUCGAACCUAUGACCUCCCAAACACUGGGCAGGCGCUCUAUCCAGUGAGCUAUGGAGAACUCAUGGCGAACAAGGCCAUAUACUAGGUUCGUAUUUGACACAUGUCCUGCACUGUAUGGUGAAAGAAUGAAAGAUGGUAAAUAACAAAUAUGAAGAUGAAAUAAUCAGCAUGUCACUUGCGUGUCCACCAAACUUACUUUUUUUCAUGCCUAGAUACCUACAGGUGAUUUGAAGAUGUGCCAUAUUCACAGCUUAACCCCUAUUUUCUGUAGCCCAUUCAGGGUCCGCACAGUCUUGAAAAGUCCUUGAAUUUUAGGGAGAGUCCUUGAAAAGACCUUGAAUUUUCAUUAACUUUGAAUGUAGUGGCCUGGAAAGUGUUUUUUAAUGCUUUUUGGUUGCCCAAGACAGAAUAUUAAUCAUAAGUCAGAGAAGUUAAAGGUGAUUUACGUAGGCUUUUGUUGUUUUAUGCAAGAAAAUAUCAAUUAUUUUAAGACAGGUUAACUGAUAAAUGUAGAGAUGUUGGUGGAGAAAACAGUUACAAUAAUGUUCAUAAGCCUUAAAUUCCUGUUAGGAUGGACUGGUAAUGUGCUCUUUUGUAUAAUCAGUGAAAAUACAUUCCUGGUAGGUGGUCCGAGAAAUCCUUAAAAAAUGGUUGCAAAUUUUUGUGUGAACCCUUCCAUUUCCUGUCUUCUAUCAGACACAUGCCCUUUGAGGGAUAGUCACCUUUGCAUGAGUUUGAUCAUAAAGCUGUAACCUGAUUUUUACGUAUGUAACCUCUUGUUACUGAAAAACACAAGGCUCCUGCUUAAGAAAAUUUUUUGGGAGCCCUUUGGGCUCCUAAAAUAAAAAGUUAGGAGCCCUAGCCACAUUUCUAGGAGCCCAUUGGAUGUCGAUCAAUAAACUUAAAUAAGUAAGCCGAUGCUCGAAACUUGUUUUGUGCAACAAAUUGAGUUUUGAAUUUCCAGAAAAGUGCUUGUUUGCUUACUUUUAAGAGUGGAAAUUUUUUGCCUACAGUUGAUGAACACAUGUUUUACGUUUUCGUUUCAAAAGCACAAAAUGAGUGGGAAUUCUCUUGUUUGUUCAGUGGAAGUAGGCAUAGAUGUUAUUGCCAUCGGCAUCAUAAGUUUCUGGCAUUUGUGCAGGCUCCUCGUGUAGGAUUUUUGCCCCCUUGCGAGCAAAUCGUAGGAGCCUCUGGUGACCAGGCACCUGUUAGGCAGCAGCCUUGUAACAUGUUAUCAAGCUUUUAUUGAAGUUAAGUUGUUUUUUUUUAAUGAUUAAAAGUGAAGUUGUAUCUCAGAUUACAAGAUAUAUAGGAAUGUGUAAAGCUACAUUUCCAUCAAUUUGAGGGUACAAAUAUGUAAGAAAUAAUUUAUAUGUUAUGAUUAUUUUUAAAGGUUAGGAAUCACAGCAUCAAACCAGCAAGAUCCAGAGGAUGAAGUCAAUGAAUUUUUAGGGAGCUCCAUAGAAGCACGGAGUAUUGAUAAGUAAGUUGUCUUUUGGGCUGCUUACAAGUAUUAGAAGGGAAAGAGACUCUGGGAUAAGAGACUCUUUUUUUUGGAAAUCUAUUCUUGCCUUGAGGAUGGAAAGAGAUUGUCACUAAGUCAUCUCCCCUACUACAACACAGAAGGUUACCCAGGGUUCAUACAGAGUCUUGAAUUCUCGAAAAAGUUGCAGAAGAAAGUUGCAAAACAGUUUUCCAGACCUGGAAAAAGUCUGGGAAAUUAAUAAGGAUAAAGUCUGGAAAAAUGGUACAAGGUUGUUUUUUCCUGGGCUACAACAAGUGCUUUAGCUAGUGAAUUUUUUUCCCAUGUUCUCACCUGAAGCCAACACAUUCAAUAAUUCACAUUUAGAUUGAGAAGUUUCACAACUCUCUUAUGUCCUCAUUGCACCAUGGUUUCUGAACAUUUGAAGAGCAACAUGAGAAUAGCUUGCUUCCUGCACUUUUCAAGGCCUCUGUUGAUCACCUUUUUAAUAACCUUGAGUCUAGAAAUUUUUAAGGAAUAAUUGUUUUUGAAAAAAGUCUGGAAAUUAAAGUCUUGAAGUUGGGAUCCAAAAUUCUAUACCAAUCUUGGCUGGUCACCGCAGCCUAUAUUUAGUACCUAUAUUAAUGUCACUUUCUUUAACUAAAAUUGUUGUAGCUGUAACCAUAUCCACUCUGGCAUGAACAUAAUAAUGUUAUUCAAUUCUGCAUCCCUAUGUAAAUUCUUUCACUGACAGAAUGUUUUGUGUUAUUGCAGACUACGGAAAGACUAUGUGCGGCCACUGCUCCUCACUUUCAAAGAUCCAGAUAAAGAAGAUCUUGUAUGUGUUUGUAUUUGACUGGCGCAUGUAUUCUAUAAAACCUGACUUUAAAGACGUUAAUUGUUAUUGUUCAGGAGGUGUUUUCGAGAUGUUUUCUGAAAACAUCUGCACAAUAGGAAUCAGGCAGUAAGAAAAGAUUACUGUUUUAAACAUCUGGCAAAUUUUAAAGGCCAGUGGGGCUGGGUAGGUUAACCCCCCCCCCCCCGAAAAAAAAAGAAAAUUAAUGGAGGUAAGGAUAUUUUUUGAAAGUACACAAUGUCUUCUAUUAACACUGCAAAAGCCAGUUUGCAAGUCUUAAAAACCGCUGUACACUGUUAGUUUUACAUGCAAAGUGAGUGGUUUCAUUUCAAGGCAUGUUGCAGCAGAAAUUUGACAUCCACUUGAAUAUGAAUGACUGUUGCUGAAGGUGUUUCGAUAGUUUUUCGGAGGCCAUACCGAUAUUUUUCAAUGGCCUUAAAAGCGAUUUUACCAGUGAUUGACUAUGAAUUGAAGUUUGUGAAACUGCAGUUUUUUUAUGACAACAAUAAACAAAUUUUAUUGAAGUGUAUAAAAGCCGAGUUUUACGCGAUCUAGACCUGCUCCUGAAAAGCCAACACCAGGAACUUAAAGUGUGUUGGUAUGGCCUCUGAAAAACUGUAUUGGAACUAACAAUAAAAAUAUACAUAAACAUAAGUUGUCUCUAUUUUGUUCACCUUUUUAGUACUCCCAAGAGAAAGAUCGAAUGUUCAAGUCCUAUACAGCAUGCAUUUGUCUUCUGUUCAUUUUUAUAUUUGUAAUUCAAGUCACAACUCUUCCAAGGUAUGUAAAUGUAACAUUAGCAAAUUCAUUUAUUUAUGAUGAUUCAGAAGACUAAAAUGAAUACAGUAUUUUAGAAUUGUCUGAUUUUUCCUUGGCAUCUGUGUAGUACCUCAAAAAUAGCACUCUUGCAAAAUCUGAAUUUUAAAUGGGAGGUUAAAAGUGUUGGCAACUGGUGUUUCUUUCUUUUCACCAUUUUCACAUUACCCAUAAUACCAAAAUCCUGCAUACAUGUAAGCUUGUCUUGAGUUUCUCUUGGGAUGACUGUAAUAUGGAGAAGAAAUUGGAAACAUUGGUUGUGCAAAAUGUUUUUGAGGGGAAGGGGGUAAACAAGGUGUAUUAUGGGCAAUGUGAAAAUGGUGAAUUGUCACCAUAUAUAGAGGGAAAAAAUGCGAAAAUUGCAAUCUAUGAAUUUUGGUAUGAUAUGU